AUGAGUGGCGGGCGCAGCGGGCGAUCCGCCGUGAAGAUGGAGGCGCCGUUUUACCCCGAGGAAGGACUGGAGCUGCUGCCCGACUUUGUGCCGCUGCCGGCGUUCGGCACCGCCGGCGGACCUGCAGCCGAGGCAUCGGCGGCGGGGCAGAAGCUGCUGCUGGGCGCCGGGAAGAAGCGGGACCUGGCGGCUGCCGCCCCCGCGCCGCUGUCGGGGCCCUUCGCCCUUCGCCCGCCCGCCGGCGCCCGCGGCACAGCGGCGGCACUCCGUAUGCUACCGCCGCCCGCCGCCGCCCCGCCGCCGCCCGCCGGCUCCGAGCCGGCGGGCGGCGGCGGGGCGGCGGCGGCCCGCGGUGGCCCGGAGGCCGUGCUAGGCUCGGCUGCGGAGCUGCCACUGCUGAAACUACCGCCGGCCGCCGACCUGGAACAGCUGCUGAUCCAAGGGGGCGCGGGGCUGGGGUCCGGCAGCCCCGGGCCGGCGGCAGCGGGGAGCGGCGGGGCAGCGGCGGCGGGGCCGUUUCUCUACCGGCAGCCGGUGACGCAGGAGCAGGAGGGUUUCGCCGACGGUUUCGUUAAGGCCCUGGCCGACCUGCACAAGCAGAACCAGCUGCUGGCGCCGCCGCCGCCUCUCUCCACACCGGGACCGUGCUGCACCGCCCGCCCGGGGCCGCCGGGAGCCCCCGCCGCCGCCGACCCGCCGGCCGUCUACACCAACUUGAGCGGCUUCAACCCCGCGGGCCCGCUGAGCCCCUCGGGCAGCGCCUACUCCUCCGCCUCCGCCCCGCCGCCGCCGCCGGGCCUGGCCUUCGGGGCGGCGGGGCUGGGGAGCGGCCGGCUGCCACCGGCGAGGCCCCUGGAGGAGCCGCAGACCGUGCCCGAGGUGCCGCCGUCGGCAGGCGGGGAGGGCGGCAGUAGCGCGACGACGCCGCCGUCGCUGUCGCCGCUGGACGCGGAGAGCCAGGAGCGGCUGAAGGCGGAGCGCAAGCGGCUGCGGAACCGCAUCGCCGCCUCCAAGUGCCGCCGGCGGAAGCUGGAGCGCAUCGCCCGGCUGGAAGAGAAGGUGAAGGCGCUGAAGGGGCAGAACGCCGAGCUGGCCGCCACCGCUAACCUCCUCCGCGCCCAGGUCACCCAGCUGCAGGGCCGCGUCCGCAGCCACCUUUCCUCCGGCUGCCACAUCAACGCCGCCGGGCAUCCUCCCCCCGCUGCCGCCGCCGGCGCCCCCGGUCAGCCUCGGGAGCCGGCCCCCGAGGCGGCUGGCGCUUCCGAGACCAGCGCCUGCUAAGCAGGGACUCUCGGCCGGCAGUCGACCGCGGGGCCGAGGAGCUCGCCCGCCGCCGCCGCUCCGCUACCGCUACUUAUUAUUAUUAAUUAUUAUUUAUUUGCUCCCGGAGAAGGCGGUUGCAGGAGCCGGGUGUUGCUAAGCGUUUCCCGAGGUCUGUCGAUGUUGCACUCAGCAGCAAGGGUCUCUCCAUGGGUGGUUUUGGGGCAGGUGGCUGGUGUUUUUUCAGUGAAGUACAUGAGGUCUGUAGAGAUUUCGGAAAAUUAAGCAAGUUCCUGUUUACAGAAAGAUUCAACUUUAUUUUCAUGGGGGAUAUAAAAAGUGUGUUUCCUAAUACACCUUUACUGAACUGUAUAGCAAUGGAUAAGCUUUUCAAACUUAAAAAAAAAAUAGCCAGAAUCGUACCCU